UAAACAAGGAUUUUGUGAAAAAGUAUGUAGAUCUAGAUCUAGACCUAGUAUGUACUAUUAGAAACUAAAAAGAUGAGAGGCAAGAAUUAGCUGAAAAAGACAGCAUUCGGUCAUUCAGCAUGAAUAAACCCCUCAGCUUGACAUGAUGGAUGAAAUGGAGGCAAGAAGUGAUCUGCCCUCUUCAGUAGAGGAAAUCAGAAAGAAAAGACUUGCUUAUUUUAGAGUCAGUGAGACCCCGGAACUGUCAGCCAAUGACAAGGGCUCAAAUAGCACAUGUAUGGAAAAUGGUUUAGUUAAGACACUUCCAUCUAAAACUGAAGUGCAUCUCAAGACCUUAGAGGAGCAUAUAAUUGACCAGCAAAUUAUGAGCCUUAAAACUAGCAGCCCUCAGUAUGAAGAAAACUCAAAGACAUGGCUAAGAAAUGAACAAAUGUCUUCUCAGCAAGGUAGAUUUGAACCAGCGCCCCUCAAAUCAAGCCACCAAAACACUGGCAGCUUUGUCCCAGCCACCAACAGUCAUACUGCAGGUCCCAGUCAUACUGCAGGUCCCAGUCAUACUGUAGGUCACAGUCAUACUGCAGGUCCCAGUCAUACUGUAGGUCACAGUCAUACUGCAGGUCCCAGUCAUACUGCAGGUCCCAGUCAUACUGCAGGUCACAGUCAUACUGCAGGUCCCAGUCAUACUGCAGGUCCCAGUCAUACUGCAGGUCCCAGUCAUACUGCAGGUCCCAGUCAUACUGCAGGUCCCAGUCAUACUGCAGGUCACAGUCAUACUGUAGGUCACAUUCAUACUGCAGGUCCCAGUCAUACUGUAGGUCCCAGUCAUACUGCAGGUCCCAGUCAUACUGUAGGUCACAGUCAUGCUGUAGAUCACAGUCAUGCUGCAGGUCCCAGUCAUACUGUAGGUCACAGUCAUGCUGUAGAUCACAGUCAUGCUGCAGGUUCCAGUCAUACUGUAGUUCCCAGUCAUACUGCAGGUCCCAGUCAUGUGGAAUCCCCGCAGCCUGUCAGUGUCUUCAACAGCGCUGCAAGUUUGGAUGAUUUGGGUCUGAGAACACAUCGUCCACUGGUGCCUUACCAUGACUCUGAGAGUUUUCUUGUUAACAGUAAGUUAACGCAGGCAGGCAGUGAGAUCUUCAGUGAAAAAACUAGGGAGGACAUCCAGAGUGUACUUGGUGAGAAAGGUUUAGAAAAUUUAAUGUCAAAGGUCAAUUAUGACAUUCAUCUGUUGCACCAGGGGAGGCUACCACUGAGAGAUUUAAGCAAAAACACAGCAGACAGUGUAGACAAGAUGGUAGAUCUGACUGACAAGUCACCUAAAGCUUCAUCACAUGGGACAUUUGGUUCAACAAAGGGCAAGCACCAUGACAUACCUGCUGAUAGUCUCUCCUCGAGAGAAAAUUUGGUCAGCAAAAACCUGGACCAGCUGAAGCAGGGGGAGAGGGAGGCUGCUGCUAGGGCCAGGAACUAUGAGCAGGUCACGCUGCCCAGAAAUACCAAACACUCGUUCUCUGCUGAUGAGAUUUAUAGGCAAGCUUAUGGAGAGGCAGCCAGGCCACACUCAGUGCAUGGUGGGACAUCAGCAAGGUCAUAUUCUGGCCUUGAGACACCUAGGUCACAUUCUGGCCUUGAGAUGCCAGCGAGGUCACAAUCUGGACACACCAGUCACAGGCAGCUGGCUGGAUACAGCCUCAGUGAUACAACAUCUUCUCCUACAAGAAACUUGUCCGUUGGUGGUGUCCCCUCUUUUAAUAUUCCCAUUUCCGCAAGCCACCACCAGAACUUCUCUCACCCCCCGCCACCUGUUAGCCACACCUUGUUCCACCCACACACUGCUGCUCCCCCCACACCUGAGCUGCCACCUGCUCCCUACACCCACAGGGAUGUAGACUUGUACCACCUGCCCCAGCAAACAACCCACGUUAAUUUUACUCACCCACCCCCCAGCAUGCCCUAUGACUUCUCCAACACACCCCCUUCACCUGGAAACUAUUUUUACCCCCCUCCUCCUUUUCUAGAACCCAAUGAUAUUCCAAAGUUCCCAAAUGGUGUCCCCCUCCACCUGCCCCCUCCAGCCAUAUAUCACCAGAGCAGCCUCGCUAAGCCUGAAGAUGUGACACCCCACCUGAGGAGCCCUCUAAAGACACCCCACCCACCCCCUGUACCACCUGCGUUACAGCCAAAAAGUUACCGUGGCCCAGACAACAGAUACCUGGUGCAACCUGGGGGUCAAGGCCAUGCAUUUUCACCUGAAGGUCAAGGCCAUGCUCUGCCACCUGGUGUCUCCAGCCAUUAUACACUGCAGAGAUAUUUUUCAUCUCUAGUGCCCAAUGAACCACUGACCUUUGACCCUUUGAACUCCAGUAGACUGGACACCGAUAGGUCAGCAGACGAGGAUGCUGUCUCCAUGUUUACUAGUGUGACAGCUGCUGAGGGGGGGGUGACCAAACGCCUGGAGGGGCUGGGGGUGGACCUAGAUCAGCUCAAACACCUCAGGCUAGUUGAUGGAAGGCAAGGUCAAGCUGACCCUGAGGAAAGUUUCCAGCAAUUGUCGUCUGGGGUGCGCAAGUGUCCGGAGUGUCAGGCGUCCAAUAAAGCUUACAUGAACUGGUGCGUGUCUUGUGGGGAGCUCCUGAUUGGGGUGGAGCUAACUCUACCUAAACCAAGGGGCAAGCAGGCUGGGGGCAGGGAGAGAAGGGCAGAGAGGGGCACAAAACAGAGAGAUCACAUGACACACAAAAACUGUCAGAAGACACCCAGACAAACUCUACCCAGCAAGGAAUCCCCAGAAUCUGGGCAGGGCUUGUCUCUCUCUGACUCCACUGGGGGGUGCAGGCAGGAAGAUGAUCCCUUGGACAGCGGCAGAGCUUCUGGCAGCAAGGAAAAGGAUGCCAGGAACCUCCACAGUCCUGCAACUUUGGACUUGUUAGAUCAAAUCAAAGACCCCAUUCUCAAAGGCUUUGUCUUAGCCUACACCAAGAAACGUGUAGAGAAGGAGACUACGGGCAGCAGAACCCCAGGCAAUCAUUCGGAGUCUUCCCAAACAUUUUGGCCAGCAGAAAAUGAAGGGCAGCCACCCCAGUCGUUGAGUUCCUUACCUGCCUCGUCCAGUCCAGAGCCAGCUCCCCAUCUGGCUGAGGAACACCAGGUAAGCUUGGACCUGGUUUCAUUGGCCGCAGGCAAGCACAAGAAGAGGAGGAGGAAACACAAGGAUCAGGCUAUGGAUAUAGAAAUCUUUGGAUACGAGGAGUCACAUCAGAGCCGUGAUUCCAGCCGGGCCGCCAGUGGACUCAAGGUUCCCUUGCUCAACCUGGCCGGCAGCUCCAGUGAGAGCUGCAGUGAGAGCAGUGGGAGCAGUGACGUGGAGGCCGAGCCAGAACCUGCAGCACCCCCGCCUGUAGCACCCCUGCCUGCAGCACCCCUGUCUGCAGCACCCCCACCUGUAGCACCCCUGCCUGCAGCACCCCCACACAAGCCUGUGAGACCCCCAACCCAACAGAGAGGUCAGAAUGCCUCACUUUCUCCACCAGUCAAACCUAUCAGGCAGAACACAGUUGUGCCGGUCAGUUACCAGAGACACUGGGCCAGGUCCAGCAUAGCCUGGGGCUCAUUCAACCCCAGAGAACUCAACACCAGGUCCAGCCUGACCCAUCCAGCAGUCACCAACACAGAGGGCGCCCCCAGUCACAGCCAGAGUGCAACACAGUUGAGGAGGUCAGCUGUCAGAUCAAAUGGUGAAGGUCAAGGGUCAAGUAGCUCCACAACAUUACGUCAGAGACCUGCUAGUGCAGGGUGUGCACGCAAGAGAACGUCUGAUGUUGCCCCACCCCACAGGCCAGUCAGUGCCAAGGCAAGCCACAGUCACCUGGGGACAGAACUAGAGAGACCUACCUCUGCCAUGCCAUUUUUACAAGACAUUUUGUCUGCCAUGCCAGUCUUACCAGACAAUUUGUCUGCCAGUCAGGACAGUCAACCCAAGGACCUGGACGAGUCACCCCGGCUGCUUUGUGCUGAGCUUCACAGGUUGCCACAGGAAGAGGCGGAGGAGACCCACCCAGCAGAUAAACUACAUGCUGUGGCCAGGAAUGCAUACAUCAAGCUACAAGAGAUGACCCCCAGGAUCGCUGAAGGCAAAGUUUCCAGAUGGCAGUGCCUGCCUGAUGAAAUCUGGCUGUACAUCUUCCAGUUUCUCUCCCAGGGAGAUCUGGGUCACCUGAUGCUGACUUGCCAGGACUUCUACAGGCUGGCUAAUGACCAGACGCUAUGGAGAUACAUCACAGUCAAGCCAAGAUGUGCACUGACUGACCUGACACUGACCACCAUAGCUCACCACCGGCCAGUCUCCGUUGCUAUGGUCAAGUGUCAGGGACAGGAUGUGACCCAAAAUGGUCUGCACGAGUUUUUUAAACUAACGCAGGGGAGGCUGAGGGAGCUGAACAUCUGUGGCUGCAGUCAGGGGUCACUAGUGGGGUCAGUCAUCUUACAGAUAGCCUGUCAGUACUGCCAUCAUCUGACACAUCUGGACGCCAGUUACUGUCAUCUGAGUAACGAAGCCUUUGUGGCCAUUUCAGAGUGUGCUGAGAGGCUAGAGAGUGUCUGUGUAAAUGGCUUCCAGUCAAUGAGUGACACCUCCCUCCUGGCUCUCUUGAGGAAACAUGGCAGAAGUCUGCGCACCCUGGAGCUCUAUGCGUGUUUCUCCCUUAAUGCUUCUGUGUUUCGGAGUUUAGGAGAAUAUUGCACAAACCUGCGUCGUUUGUGUUUGGGAAGCUGCAAUAAGCUGACAGACUCUGUGAUGAUCACCUUGUCAGCACAUCUGGCCAGGAUUGAGGAACUUGAUCUCAGAGGCUGUAAAAAUUUAAGAAAUGACUGCAUUAGGAAAAUGGUCCACAACUGUCCUCGUAUACAUACAUUGGUGCUGGCCAAUUGUCAACAAAUCACUGACGUUGCUCUGACUGAAAUAGCCACGUACUUGAAGACUACACUCAGGGUACUAGAUGUGUGUGGAUGUAAUGGAGUCAGUGACCAGGGCGUGGUCAGUCUAGCCAAGAAUUGUGACCGCUUGACCAGUCUGGACAUCAGCUCAACAAGAUGUACCAAUGUCAGUGUAAGUCAGCUGGCCGCCAACAGCUGUAGCAGAUGGCUGGAGACCCUCAAGCUAAGCUUCAUGUCCGGCCUGUCAGAGACUUGUCUGGUCAAUCUCAUUGGUCAGUGCCCAAGGUUAAAGCUGCUCCAUUUAUUUGGCUGUUCAUCUUUAAAAAAUCUGGCCAGGCUGCGUGAGCGCAACCCAAAACUAUGCAUAGAGGGGGACAUGUCCAGAAGUUUGUUGUCCUAACUCACCUGGAGGCUACUGACUGGGUGGCUCAGUUAUAUUAUUGUUUGGUUUGUGAAUGUCCUGAUGUGAAAUUGUUGAAUGUCCUAGUGUGAAAUUGUUGACUAUCCUGAUGUGAAAUUGUUGACUAUCCUGAUGUGAAAUUGUUGACUAUCCUGAUGUGAAAUUGUUGAAUGCCCUGAUGUGAAAUGGUUGAAUGUCCUGAUGUGAAAUUGUUGACUAUCCUGAUGUGAAAUUGUUGAAUGCCCUGAUGUGAAAUUGUUGAAUGCCCUGAUGUGAAAUUGUUGAAUGCCCUGAUGUGAAAUGGUUGAACGUCCUGAUGUGAAAUUAUUGAAUGUCCUGAGCUAUUGUGUAUAAAACGUCCCUCAAUGAUCUCAAUGUAUAGACAAGCCUGCUGUUGUAUUUGUUGUGGUCCUAAAAUCUGCAUAUAAAAUGUGAUAUAACAAUGAAUGUGAUAUAGAAAGUGAGAGCCUGUAAUCUAGUCACUUCUUGAUCUGCCUACAACAGUGUUUGGAUUGUUUAUUUUUCAUGUAAUUAUCUUGACUUUUAUUCCCUGCUGUUUCAGAAAAAAAUCUUUUUAAAUUAGAUGUAUGCUUGUUAAGGUGGCACCUGUUUAUACAAAAUAAAUUAUUUUUACGGUGAUUGGUAAUUUUUAUUUAAAUUUAAUCUAAUAUUGAUAUUGGUAUAUAACAUUUGUAUUAAAUCUUUAGCUUUGAUUGGCAACAAAAAUAUUUUUAUAAUUAGGCCUAUUAGAUUUGUAUAAUGUUUAUUAAACAUGAAUAUUUUUAUAAUUAGGCCUAUUAGAUUUGUAUAAUGUUUAUUAAACAUGAAUAUUUUUAUAAUUAGGCCUAUUAGAUUUGUAUAAUGUUUAUUAAACAUGUUUUUUGUUGAGCUUUUACCCUGAGCACAAAUAUAUUGUCUGCUGAAUGCUAGUUAGUUUGAUACUAUUUAAAGACUGAAGAGUGCUGCUUCAGAAAUCAGAUUUAAAGACUGAAGAGUGCUGCUUCAGAUAUCAGAUUUAAAGACUGAAGAGUGCUGCUUCAGAUAUCAGAUUUAAAGACUGAAGAGUGCUGAUUCAGAAAUGUCUUAUAUUAUUAUAUUUUAUAUCUCCAUGUGUGCCAAUAAACCACCAGCAAAGUAGAUUUGAGAAAAAAAAUUUAUUCAACAUUAAAUGAGGAUUAUUUUUUUCUAUUCAUAUUUUUGUUUUUGCCUGUUUAAUGGGAUUUUUCAAAUCCAGUUUGUGUUUCUGCCGAGCCAAGUGGGAUUUGGGUGUGUCAGUCACACCCCCGGCCAGGUUAUAGUCUUAUAGUUCAUGUAAAUACAAUUAUUGGCCUCCAAUCAUCAAGUCUAUUUAUAGUUUCAGAAUUUUUUAUUUUGUGUGAAAAAAAACUUUUUUAAGUUCACCCAGAUCUAUUGAGUACCCAACAUUAAUUGUAGAAUUUUCGAAUCCACCUUCAGCUAGGAGAUCUCAAAAUUUGUUGUUUUUUUCUCUUUACUGGACUAAGUGUAGAACAUUGAGUUUUAAAAGUAGGACUAGACUCAACAUCUGCUGACACUAAUAAUGAUCAUUGCUGUGAUGAUGGUUCAACAAAAUUAGGAUGCAAAUUGUUGCCAAAGAAUUUUUUUAAUUUAAUAUCUCUUUGAAAUCAGUAUUUAUUGAUUGCUCUAACUGUAAUUUUGAUGUAAAGACAGGGAUUAAUAAAUCAAUUAUUUU